AUGUACACUUUUUGGCAUCAAGGUCAAAACGGGGUCAACAAACCCGAGUGCAGUCAGGCUUUUGGGGCGAAACAGUGGAGACUUAUCGGCCACUCUCUUCAAAGAACAAUUCUCAUUCUUCUAUGCGCCUCUGUGCCCAUCGGUUUGCUGUGGUUAAACGUCGAAUCGAUUCUGCUCUGGUGCGGGCAGGAUGAGAACAUCACCAGGAUGGCAGGUACGUACGUUCUUUACUCUUUGCCCGAUCUCAUCGCUCUGUCAUUUCUUCAUCCACUCAGGAUUUUCCUUCGAACGCAGAGCUCCAUCCUUCCGCUCACAGUUUCAGCAGGCGUGGCUCUUCUUCUUCACAUUCCCAUCAAUUUUCUUCUUGUGGUAUAUUUCAAACUAUCAAUCCGAGGUGUUGCCCUGGCUGCCGUGUGGACAGAAUUUAACAUUGUUAUAUGCUUGGUGUGCUACAUAUGCCUGUCGGGAGUUUACAUGGAUUCGCUGCCGGGGCUGUCGAGAGAAUGCCUGAAAGAGUGGACGUCGUUUCUGAGACUGGCCAUCCCCAGCUGCGCAUCGGUGUGCUUAGAGUGGUGGUGGUACGAGUUCAUGAUUCUUAUCUGUGGACUAUUGCUAGACCCCAAAACAACCGUAGCCUCCAUGGGAAUUCUCAUCCAGACCACGGCAUUCCUUUACAUAUUUCCAUCGUCGCUGGACGUGGCACUUUCGACGAGAGUGGGAAACGAGCUCGGUGCAAACAGACCGGCCAAGGCCCGCACUGCCAUGACAGUUGCAAUCGCAUUGGCUGCUUUACUGAGCUUUCUACCGAUGGGCUUUACAUUAACCGUGUGUCACUCGUGGGGUAGAAUGUUCACUCAAAAUCCACAGAUUCUGUCGCUGGUCUCGUCGACACUGCCAAUAGUGGGGCUCUGUGAGCUCGCGAAUUGGACGCAAACGACGGCAUGUGGAGUCCUCCGAGGCAGCGCUCGGCCGAGCGGUGCAGCACAUAUUAAUUUGGGCUCUUUCUAUUUGAUCAGGACGCCCGUUGCACUGACUCUGUGUUUUGUGUACAAAUUUGAACUUGUGGGUCUAUGGCUUGGCAUGCUUGCAGCGCAAGUGUCGUGCCUCAUUUUCAUGAUAUCUGUGUUGGUGCGGACUGACUGGAUUGUUGAACCGGAGAGAGCCAAGGAGCUCGCCGCAGAGCCUCAACAGACCCACAUUUUAUGUCAACAAGAGGAGCAAUGUAUUUGCAGAAUUUUGUAUUUUCCGUAUGGAGAAACGAGCGUAGAGCCUCUACUAACGGUAGUUAGUUUUUAG